GAUGACUUGAGUGGCGGGCACGGGGGAAAGGGGGUUAGAUCUUCACCCGCAGUGUGUGUGUGUGUUAUUCGUGUGUGUGUGUGUGUGUGUUGGAGCGUUGGCUUUUUAUUUGUCGAGCGGCAGCCGCUGCAGGGUUUGAGGAUGCUGGGGGACUGCAGCUGACGGAGGCUUCUUGUCCCGCUCUAUCGCCCUGAUUGCGGCUUCCAAUUUUCACUCACUGUGGAAGGGAUACUGCAGGCUGGGGAUAAGGGAGACUCUACUGGCUGCCAAUAUAGGAUCAUUCUCAUCUAUACAAAAUCUGGAGACACCAUAGCCUGUUCAUCACAAAUCGGAAUGGGAGAUAACAUGUCAAAACGUCUCAAGCUCAUCUCGGUGACGGAAGCUGAAAUGGAGGAGCGUUCUUUCCCAAACCCUUACACCGACUGGGACCAAGGAGUCCUCACGUCCAGUUCUGGAGCACAAGUGGAUUACAAUGAACCGUUUGAUGGGGAAGGAAAAGUGAGCUCCUCCUUCCAAAGGAAGGUUCAAAGUAAGAUAAAAGAUCUGCUUCAGCAAAUGGAGGAGGGCUUGAAGACUGCUGACCCCCAUGACUUCUCGACGUACACUGGCUGGACAGGCAUUGCUUUACUGUACGUGCAGCUGUAUCGUGGGUCCAAUGACGUGGCGCACCUGCAAAGGGCCUUGGACUAUGUCAAGAGAUCAAUGAGGAUUCUGAAUGGCCGCAAAGUGACUUUCCUCUGUGGUGACGCCGGACCGCUGGCGGUGGGCGCAGUGGUCCACCACAAACUGGGCAACGCCACCGACAGCAGCGAUUGUCUUUCCAAGCUCCUCCAGCUGCAGCGAUCAGUGCUCAGUGCAGAUUCGGAGAUGCCGGAUGAAUUGCUGUAUGGGCGAGCCGGUUACCUGUACGCUCUGCUGUAUGUUAAUAAGGAAAUAGGAGGCGACACUGUGGACGAAGCCACCAUUUCAAAAGUAGUGACGGCCAUCAUUGAGUCAGGGAAGAAUCUGUCAGCAGAGCUGAAGAAGACGGAGCGCUGCCCUCUGCUCUAUGAAUGGCACAAGAAGCAAUAUGUUGGCGCUGCCCAUGGCCUGGCCGGAAUCUUUUACAUGCUUAUGCAGCCGGGGGCGAGGGUCCACCCAGACGUGCUGUCCGAGUUGGUUCGGCCCAGUAUCGACUACAUCCGCCACAAGAGAUUCCGUUCGGGUAACUUCCCCUCGUCGCUGAGCAAUGAGAGCGACCGACUGGUUCACUGGUGCCACGGGGCGCCCGGCGUCAUCCACGUGCUCAUAAUGGCUUAUAAGGUUUUUAAAGAGGAGAAGUACCUGAAGGAAGCGGUCGAAUGUGGCGAGGUGAUUUGGCAGAGGGGUCUUCUCCGAAAAGGCUACGGCAUCUGCCACGGCACCGCCGGCAACGGCUACGCCUUCCUGUCCCUGUACAAACUCACCCAAGAGAAGAAGUACCUGUACCGUGCCUGCAAGUUUGCUGAGUGGUGUUUGGACUACGGGACUCACGGCUGCCGCAUCCCCGACAGACCCUAUUCACUUUUUGAAGGUAUGGCGGGGACUAUCCACUACCUGUCCGAAAUGGCCGCGCCCGAAGCUUCCUGUUUCCCCGCCUUUGAACAUUGAUCUGCCGGAGCCAAGAAGCGGCUAAAGUUUUGAGCAGAUCCCAUUUGUUUCACGUCGUUUCAAGCCGCCAAAGUGUUCAGAACCUAUUUUUUGACCAAAGUACAUGUUAUAGGUCAACUAUAAAUGACUGUCAUACAUGAACUGGAUGUGUCGUGAACAUGUGCUAUUUGUAUUCACGUGCAUGCUCAAGUGGUUCUUCAUGUCCUGCCAGUGAUGUGAUUUUUCUUUUUCCAUUCUGUAUGUGAAAUGUUUGUUUCUUUUUUUUUUAACUGUCUUUUGUCUCAAACUGGAGGUGGGGUUUUUUUGGGGGGGGGUGUGUGUUUAGUAAGAAGCCAUACACAUGAAUGCGUGUUUGCUAACAACCCAGAAAUGAAAUAAUUAGCCUCUGAAAUGGUGGCAAAAACACAAACUGGCUCGUGAAUUAUUCAUCCAGCGUUGUUAUUCAGCAGAAGUAGUGGUUCACAAAGUUUUUACAAAAGUACACCCUCAAACAACACUCGGCUCUCAAAGUACCGACAAUAGCGUUUUUUAAAAAAAGAAAUAAAUACAGAAACUUAGUACUUAGAUGUAGACAAAAGAAAACUAUUUCAGCGAUGAUUCAAUUAAAAUGUUUUGCCCAGUAAAAUAUUGCACCCAAAUAAAAGGUUUGCAAACAAAUAGUUCCGAAAAGUCACAUGCAAAUGAAUUU